AUGGGGGAACCGGUCCUUGCCCUAGUACCAGCCCCAGCAGAGCUGGACAGCAUAUCCCCCACAGCUGGCAGCACCAAUGAUAAGCUGCCUCUGGACCUGGGCAUGUGCCAGGCCUUCCUCACCACUGUGACCACCCAGCGGGAGCCUCCCUCUCCCACCGGCAGGACCACCACCUCCAAGGGCAUCCAUGGUUCAGUGCCAGGGACAAAAGCAUCUUCCCCGGUCACCGGCAAACUGGCUGAUGCCAAUGGGAACAGCCGCUCGGCCCCACUAGCAACAGCUGGCACCAGCCCAGCGCUGACCAUAGCCAGCCCCUUCCCCAGUACCACCACGGGGAAGACACCACAGCCAGUGACGUCCCUGCCUCCCGAAAGUGCAGCUGUGGAAGGAGGUACCCCCCACAGUGAUGACACCACCAUGGGGACAGUCUUGCCACUGUCACCCCCUACCACAGCAAGUUUUGUGGCUCACUCAUCUGCUGCUGCAUGGGACCACAGCUAUCCCACCGCUGACUUCACCGCGGGCACAGACAAAGGCAUGGCCUUGGACAUGGGCACAGCCUCCCUCAACAUGGGGAACAGGGCUGCAGAAGUGCCCCUGGGGUUGCCCACAUCCAUGGCUGGGAGGGCUGAGCCAGACACUGGUGAUGCCAUCCCAUCAACACACUCUGCCCUGGGCAGCAAAAUUCCUACAGCAGCAGCUGUCAUGGGCAUGGCAUCACCCACAGCUGUGGAGCCAAUUAUUGCACUUUCUCCUGGCCUCAUCCACAGCACUGCUGAUCCAGAUGUCACUGUGUCCCCUCCUGUCCCUGGGAACACCUACCCAGUGGUGAAAGCACUCUCGGUCACCCUCAGAACCACCAUCCCUCAUCCAGCGGUGGGAGCAGAUGAUGCCAGUCUCAGCUGGGUUACAACACCCCUCUCUGUGUUUCCCAGCAGUGCCUCCUCUCCACCCAGCCCCCAUGUCACUCUGAGGCCACCCCCUGAGGCCAUCCAUGCCACCCACACCCUGGAAUCAACAGCUCUCAGCCCAGUUAUUGAAGAUGAGCCCAUAGCUGAGGCCACCUCACUGGCUGCUGGUCACACAAGCACAUGGAAGACUACAGCUGCAACCCAGUCAGAUGCCAGAGGUGCCACCACAUGGGAGGACACCACCCCCUCUGAGCAUAGCGCCGAGGGUGCAGCACCGUCAGCCAGCACUGGUAGCACCCACGUGCCCAUCUUGAACCCUGCUGGCACAAGCACAGCCACCACACCACCUGCCAGCGUGUUCCCCAGCACCACUAUCCCACCAGUCACAUCAGCCAGCGAGAAGACCUCCACGGUCACCGGUGCCACUGCAGCCAUGCCAUCUGCCAUGGUGAAGGCCACCAGCAGCAGCAGUGUCCCAUCCCUCACUGUGACACAGAAGGCAGGUGGAGGCAGGCAACCUGUCCCAUCCCCAGCAGCACAGACCACCUCAGUGGACACAGCAGCUGAGUCCUCGGGCAUCCUUGGUCCCAGCCCUGCCACCAUACUGCCUAGUUCACCUCUCCCCAGCCUGUACAGCCCAGCAGAGAAGCCUCCAACAGCCUCCUCAUCCCUGCUUGGCAUUAGUGCAGCUAGGCAGCCAGCAGCUAGACAGACCUACACUGAGCUGCCAGCAGACACCGCUCCUACAACCAUCAGCAGCCGUGCCAUGAGACAGGCAGCAAGCACAUCAGCUCCCAGCUUCUGGCUGUGGACAGGGUCACCUGCCUGGGCAGAGAGAACAGCCACCACUGCAGGCAGCACCGCAGCCAGCACUAUGGCUGGCACUGCUGGGAGCACCAUGGCUAUCACUGCAGGCAGCACCACAGCCAGCACUGUGGCUGGCACUGCUGGGAGCACCAUGGCUAUCACUGCAGGCAGCACCGCAGCCAGCCCUGCAGGAAGCACCAUGGCAGUCACCACAGCCAGCACCACAGCCAGCCCUGCAGGAAGCACCAUGGCAGUCAUCACAGCCAGCACCACAGCCAGCCCUGCAGGAAGCACCAUGGCAGUCACCACAGCCGGCACCACAGCCAGCCCUGCAGGAAGCACCAUGGCAGUCACCACAGCCGGCACCACAGCCAGCCCUGCAGGAAGCACCAUGGCAGUCACCACAGCCGGCACCACAGCCAGCCCUGCAGGAAGCACCAUGGCAGUCACCACAGCCGGCACCACAGCCAGCCCUGCAGGAAGCACCAUGGCAGUCACCACAGCCGGCACCACAGCCAGCCCUGCAGGAAGCACCAUGGCAGUCACCACAGCCAGCCCUGCAGGAAGCACCAUGACUGUCACCACAGCUGUCUCUGCAGCCGGUAUCAUGGCUGUCACCACAGGCAGCACUGCAGCCAGAAUUGCAGCCAGCACUAUGGCUGCCACUGCAGGCAGCAUUGCAGCUGUGGCACCCACAGCAUCAGCAAGUCCAGCUAAGGAGGUGGAAGAUCUGGCCACAGGCACCAGGAUACCAGGGAGACUACCAAUGAAUGCCAGCCCUGCCACCACCCUGGCUCCUACUUUUGAGACACAGAGAGGACUGACCACAGCACCAAGCACAUCUGCCUACACGACCGCUGGCCACAGAAAUCCUGUCCCUGAGCCCCCACCCACUCGUGGGCUUCUCAUGCCAGCAGCCUCCCUCUACCCCUUCGGCACAGAGGAAGGAGACCAGGAGUGUGUCCAGAGGAAGGUGGAUUUUAACUGCCCCCUGCUCAAGCCAGAGAUUGGGUUCCCCUUCGGGAAGUCGCUGCGGGACGUUCUUUAUUUUACAGAUAACGGGCAGAUCAUUUUCCCACCCACGGAGAACUACGUUCCCUCCAACCCCAACCCACCUCCCCAGGGCUUCGGUGGCCGGGAGGCUUUGCCGACGGUGGCUGCUUUUUGGGAUGACGCAGAUUUCUCCCAAGGGGUUGGCACCACCUGGUACCAGGAAUACUCCACCCUCAGCUCUACCCAAGACCCCUUUGUCCAUGAUGUGGAAGGACAGAUUGAAAAAUACCUGAAAACCCCCUACAAAGCAAAAUGGACCUUGAAAGUGACUUGGGAAAAGGCUCCAGCAUACCCAUCGCGGUGGGAUGACACUCAGACAAAUACCUACCAGGCAAUCCUCACCACUGAUGGGAGCCAUUCCUUCGCCAUGUUGCUCUACCAGGACAGUGGGAUGCAAUGGAACUACACCAAGCUGGCUGCAGGCAACGUGCUGAUUGGCUUCUCCAGCGGUGAUGGCUAUGCCCAAAACAACGAGCUGAUUCACAGGCCACCAGCUGACAAGUACCGGCCUGACCAGCACAGCAGUGCUGGCAUUGGGCUGCGCGGGCUGUGGAUAUAUCGGCUAGACCGGCGCUCCCGGGUGAACUACCGGCUGCGGUGCCUGGCAUGGCUGGACACAGAGCCAGACCCAGGCACCUGGAACGGCCAGCUGCCACCGUGCCCCUGCUCCCAGCCCCAGGCAGAGCUGGAUCCCCGCUACCGCCGAAGCAGAGGCCUGGAAGACACCUCUGUGAGAAUGCUACGUACCACAUCCCCCAGCCCUGCCGGAGCCGGGGUGCGAUGUCUGUACCAGCAUGGGAGCUUGCUUGAAGGCUGGCAGGAGAGAGCAUGGACCCUCCCCAUCCACCCCACCACCGACAGGGAACUGGAGGCCUUCAGCUGGUGCUGCCAACGUGUGAGGAAGCCUCUGUUCUGCACCAGGUUUGCUGAGAAGAGACCAAGGGUUGGCUGCGAGGGAUAUGUGCCACCCGCUCCCACUGGUGCCUUUGGGGAUCCCCACAUCGUGACCCUGGAUGGACUCACCUACACUUUCAACGGUCUUGGGGACUUUGUCCUGCUGCUGGCCAGUGAUGCCCAGAGCAGCUUUGUGCUGCAUGGCCGCACAGCCCGAACUGGCAUGGCUCAGGCCACCAACUUUGUGGCCUUUGCUGCCCAGUACAUCUCUUCCACCACCACCACAGUUGAGUGGACCUUGGGGAGCCAGGAUGACAUCCAAGUCUUCCUGAACAACAAACCCAUCCAGUUUUCCUAUUCCCAAGACAUGGAUGCUGAGGUGUACUAUAGCCCUGGCAUCCUGCUGGUCAACUCCUCCUCCUCCAUGGCUGUCUUUGACGGGGCCAUUGCUGUCUCCAUCUCAGCAACCUUUGGGAUCCUCAGCGUGGUCUGCAGCCUGCCCAGUCAGUACCGCAACAGCACCAAGGGCCUCCUAGGUGUGUGGGACCAUGACCCCACAGACGACUUUCAGAUGCCAAAUGGUACCAGCAUCUCUGUGAACAGCAGCGAGGAGGAGAUCUACAGCUAUGGGAUGACCUGGGCUGUGGGAGAGCACAGCCUGUUUACUCAGCCUCUGGACUCUCUGGCAAUGAACUUCACACCCAUCUUCUUGUCUCGGCUGCGGCAGGAGAACGAAAGCCAAUACCAGCUGGCAGCCUCGCAGUGCCGUGGCAACAAGGAAUGCAUCUAUGAUUCACUGAGCACAGGGGAUGUGGCCCUGGGCCUGGCCACCCAGAGACUUACAGCUGACUUCCAGCAGAAGAAGACAACACUUAAUGCCUUCCCACCCAUCAUCACUGGCGAUGCAUCUCUCACAGCCUUCAGGACAGAAAGGGUCAGGAGGCAAUACCAUGCCACGGGGGUGGGUGCACUCUUUGUCCCCCACCUCUCAUCAGACCUCAACAUAUCAGAGAGUGGCAUCCUGACGUGGGAGCCUCAUGGGACAGCUCCACUCACCAUCAGUCUGGAGGCUGUUGGGUCCAACAACCUCUCUGCCCUCCUCCAGCUCCGCUUCACCCUUUGCAGCUGCAGCAGGAGUCAGGAGUGUGACUACAGCAACACCGUCACCCUUGGGCAGUCCUCCCUGCAGCUGGCAGCCUGCAGAUGUGAGGAUGGCUACUCAGGUCCCUUCUGCCAGGACCCUCUGGACCCCUGCACCCAGGGAUGCUUCCCUGGCGUGAGCUGCAGUUCGUAUGCUGGCUGUGGCCCCUGCCCGCCCGGCCUGACUGGCGAUGGGCGGCACUGCUCAGAUAUCGACGAGUGCGCACAGGGGACAGCAUGCCCAGGGAAUGCCACCUGCACCAACACGGUGGGCAGCUACACCUGCACCUGCCCAGCUGACCAGGAGGGCAAAGGACCAGGCUGUGGCUCAGCCUGUGGCUCCCACUCCUGCCCUGAUGGCUACUGUGGCAACGGGGGACGCUGCCUCCUGCACCCCAUCACCUGCACCCCUGCCUGCGUCUGCCCUCCCGCUUUCACUGACCAGCGCUGCCUGGUGGCAGGGGGAGAUUUUCGGCCACUGCCCAGCUCAGAUCUCCCGCUGAGAAGCGUCCAGCUGCAGGUCAGGACUCUGCAAAAUGCCACAGCUGAGGAAGUCGACAGCGCUGUCUCAACCAUCCUGGACUCCUUGGAGGUAAAAGCUUUCCAGAGCAACACCAAUGUCACCAAGAUGACAGAGAAGGACAGCUUCACUUUCGUGGUGGUGUCUGAGUUCACCUAUGACAGCCGUGGCACUGUCAUCCAGUUCCUGAACGAGGAGCUGCCAGUGGCCAUCACCAGAGCCUUCAAUGGGCAGCGGAGGCAGAGGGAGGCAGGUGCUCGCCUCCUGUUCCAGCACCUGUACCUAGACAACAUCACCGACCUGGUGAAGCUGACAGUGACUGAGCUGAGACGCUAUUUCCACUGUGGCCUGUAUGGUUACAAGGGCUACCAGCUCCACUACGUGAGGACUGUUGGCUUCAUCUGCAUCUCUCCUUGCAAGACAGGCUACUGCCAGCAUGGCGGCCGGUGCCAGCACCUGCCUGAGGGGCCCACGUGCAGCUGCCUGCCCUUCUCCAUCUUCUCCCCGGCUGGCAGACGAUGUGAGGCGCUGGCCAUCAGCCUCGGUGCCUUCCUCGGCAUCUUGCUGGGAGCCCUGGCUCUGCUCUGCCUCCUGCUCGCCAUCGCCUGCCUGGCCUUGCGCCUCUGCCGCCGGCACCGCUGCCAGUACUGGAGUCAUCUUCAAGUUCUGCUCAUCUUGCCUGCUCCAGCUCUGACAAUGGCAGGAGAGCAAGAAGAGCCUAUCCACUCCUACUUCCCAGAGAGGCACUGGGAACCACGGCUGCAGGCCAUCGACCCCUCAGUCCAGAUAAGGGUCCAGAGACCCCACAUCAGAUCUACAAGCUGGCCCCACCAGCAGCCCUAG